AUGCCUUCCUUCAAGAGCACCCUUUUCGCAGCGGCCGCGGCCUUUGUCGCUACCGCCCAAGCUGACUAUGCCAUCGACCCCAAGACCGUUCCUAGGGCCACGAGAGUGCAAUGGUGCGCCGACGAAGUGAGAACUUGCCCCAUCAUCUGCCAGCAGGUUGAGCCCCGAACCACCUUGGUCAACACUUGCGAUCCUGACUCUCUCGCCUACGGCUGCCUUUGCGGUAACAACCAACAGCCUAACAUGACCGAGUACUCUCUCACCCUCCCCUACUUCGUCUGCCGUGAGCUCGGCGUUCAGUGCGUCAACAACUGCGGCUUGGGCGCCAACACUUGUGCGGACAACUGCUGGAAGCAAUUCGUCUGCGGUGCCACCAACCCGACGCGCGUUAACACCACUUCUUCUACUGGUGCUGCCACUGGUACCGCCACCUCUGCCGAAACUAGCGGCGUCAUCUACACCGGUCUGGCCGGCGACAACGGUGGCUCCGGUUCUGGCAGCAGCGGCGCCGCUGCUCUGGGUCUGGGCCGUGAGGCCGGCUUUGCCGUCCUUAUCGGCAGCGUAAUCGGCGGAGUCGCCCUCCUCCUCUAA